CGGUGGCCAUGGGCGAAUUGGCGGCCCCCACCGUCCGCUUUCUCUGGCGCUCCGAGGCCCAGGCGUCAGUGCCACUUCGACCCUGGCAUGGACGACUUCGGGCUCCCGUCGACGUCGUUACAACCUCUCAGCUGACGUUGACCUACGAUAAUCCUGUUUCCGUUAAACAUCAUCGACUGACUCCACGUUCAAAAUGGAAUUGCACCUGGAUACAAGUCCUGACGGCCGAUCUCAGCAAUGUCAAAGCAGUUCACUGCGACAAACCUUAGCUCAGGUUUUAGCGGCGACUGGCAAAAGCUUGAUCAUGUUAAGUAUUGGAAUGUUGAUCGGAUUCCCAACCGUUCUCAUUCCCGUCCUGACGAGCAAAGAUUAUAAAGGUGACUUGCACUUCAACAGGGACCAAGCGUCCUGGUACGGAGCCCUGACAUACAUUUUUCAACCGGUGGGCAGUAUCGCAUCAGGAGCUUUGCUCCAGUCAUUCGGAUGUAAAAAACUCAUGAUACUCAUCAAUGUUCCUCAAAUUGGCUGUUGGUUGAUGAUCUAUUUUGCCACCUCCAACUUUGUUUUAUACGUUUCCAGUGCCUUAGUAGGAUUAGUGAUAGGACUGAUGGAGGCCCCGACGAUUCGAUACAUCAGCGAGAUAAGUCACCCAUCUCUGCGAGGGAUCCUGACGACCUACUCGGUUCUGUUCACGUCCCUGGGAUUUUUGGCCGUUUACUCCCUCGGGAGUUUGACCGAUUGGCAGCACGUGGCCCUCAUCAGCGCGGCGGUGCCUGUCAUAUGCAUUAUCAUCUUGUUCCAGAUUCCUGAGACACCGAUGUGGUUGAUGUCGAAAGGGCGCGCGGCGGAGGCCCUGGAGGCGCUGCAGUGGCUCCGAGGCUGGACAACCGCGGACAUGGUGGAAGACGAGUUCGCCAAACUGGAGUACUACGCCAAGAAGAAGUCCUGCAAAACCCUGCACGGCUACGGGAAAAGCGUCGACACCAAGGACGAAGUCAAGGAGACCCCGGCGGAAAACGGCAUCGACGGCGUCUCCGGCGGCGGGAAGGUCAGCGUCAAGCCCUCGGUCAGCUUCCAGGUGGAAGUGGGCUUCGAAAAACGGGGAUUCGCCGACAAGUUGGGUGACCUGACGUGCAAAGAAAUGACUGUGCCACUGGGAAAGUGUAUCGUUCUGAUAACGCUAUCCUGCUUCAGCGGGCUGCCCCUCAUCCGGCCUUACUUGGUCGCCAUCUUCGCUCAGCUCAAUCUUCCUAUUCAACCAAAUUGGACCUCAGUUUUGGUGACUUUCCUUGGGAUAGCGGGUAACAUCGGCUGCAUGGCACUUGUAAAUCGAGUGGGGAAGAAGCCGUUGGUGAUCUGUUCUUCGGCAGCCUCUGCUGUGUGCUUGAUUUUGCUCUCGAUAUUCCUCAUGCAGUCGACGCCGGAGGCCAUGCAGGACCGCGGCAACCCUAACUGGUGGCCUCUCAUACUCUUCUUCGUCCUCUUCUUCUCAUUCAACAUGGGUCUCCAGCCGUUGCCGUGGGUUUACCUUAGCGAGAUACUCCCCUAUAAGGGUCGAGGGAUCGCCACUGGUAUCGCAGCGAGUAUUUUCUACAUCGUGAUUUUCUUCGGCGUCAAGAUGUUCUCUACGAUGGAGCGAGAGUUAGGACUGCAAGGCACGUUCCUGCUCUAUGCUGCUGUUUGUAUCGCGGGAAUUUUCUUCACAUAUUUUAUCCUUCCAGAGACCGAAGGACGGUUCUUGUCGGAUAUAGAAACUGAUGCUGAGCGCGAGAUCACAGUACCAUCAAAUAAAGAAAAUACAGUCAAUGCAUGAGCCAAAAA